AUGGCCGUUACGAAAGUCUUGUGCGUGGCAGAAAAGCCUGCAAUUGCCAAGGCUGUCGCUCUGCACCUGUCUGGAGGUACGAUGCAAACUUUUCAUAUUCCUGGAAACCAGUAUGUGAAGAACUAUGUGUUCGAUUUCAAUUUCGGUGGUCAGUUGGGCGACUGUGCUGUCACCAUGACCAGCGUCCUAGGGCACUUGACAAGCUUGGAAUUUGAGCGCCAGUACAUGGGCUGGACAUCUUGUCCGCCGGCGACGCUGUUUGAAGCCCCUGUUCAUAUAGCUGUGGAUGAUGAUAAAAAAUCAAUCGCAGAGAACAUCAGGACGCAAGCUAGAUUUAAUAAGUAUUUGGUCAUUUGGACCGAUUGUGAUCGAGAAGGAGAGCAUAUUGGCACAGAGGUGCGUGAUCAGGCGAAGGAAGGCAACCAGCAGAUCAUGGUCAGACGGGCCAAGUUCAACAAUACUGAGCGAGCUCAUGUUCUAAGUGCUGCAAGGUCCCUUAUUGAUCUUGAUGAGCGUCAGGCUAGCGCAGUAGCUGCGAGGAUAGAGCUCGAUCUCCGCAUUGGAGCUGCAUUUACUCGUCUUCUUACCCUCCAACUACAGAACCUCCAUGAGAGUCUGGCACAGCAUGUCAUAAGUUAUGGGUCCUGUCAAUUCCCAACUCUAGGGUUCGUGGUUGAUAGAUAUCUGCGCGUGAAACGAUUCAAGCCGGAGACUUUUUGGGGAAUCAAGGUCAUGCAUAUCCGAGAUGAUAUCAAGGUGAACUUUCUUUGGAAUAGAGUCCAUCUUUUUGACCGAGCCGCUGUGGUUAUGAUGCUCGAGCGCUGUUUGAAGGCAAAACAGGCCAAGGUCACCAAGGUGAAUCAGAAGCCGACGAGCAAAUGGAGGCCUUUGCCAUUGACAACGGUGGACCUGCAAAUGAUGGGUACAAGAUACCUGCACAUGGACAGUUCAAAAGUCAUGAAGGCAGCAGAAAAUCUAUAUACUAGAGGUUUCAUCAGUUAUCCCCGUACAGAAACCGAUCAGUUCGAUAAGGGGAUCGACCUAAAGAAACUAGUUGAGAAACAACUUGCAGACCCGAACUGGGGACAAUAUGCUCAAGGUCUUCUGAGUGGCAAUUUCAGGACUCCUCGAGCUGGUCGACACAAUGACCAAGCACAUCCGCCUAUACACCCUGUUUGCUGGGUUAACCCCACCGUAUUAAACGCUGAUGAGAAAAAGGUGUACGAGUUUGUUGCCCGACGCUUUCUCGCCUGUUGUUCCGAUGACGCGAAAGGACAGUCAACCGAUGUUGAAGUUCAAUAUGGAGACGAACUGUUCCACGCCAGAGGAUUGAUUGUAUUGGAGAGGAAUUAUCUCGACGUUUAUGUCUAUGACAAGUGGGAAAGCACCCAGCAGCUACCCAAUUACCGAGUCGGCGAGCUAUUCGAACCUACAGAAGCCAACAUUUUCGACGGCAAAACAACACCUCCAAACUAUUUGACAGAACCGGAGCUUAUUGGGCUCAUGGAUGCCAAUGGCAUCGGCACGGAUGCUACUAUGGCUGAGCAUAUCGAGAGAAUAAAGAAACGGUUCUACAUCGGCGUCCAUGCGCGCGGCGGCGGCCGAAACGCCGCCAAAGUACUUAUUCCCACUCGUCUGGGCAUCGCCUUAAUCCUCGGCUAUGAUGAUGUCUUCGCCGGUCUCGCAGAAAGUCCAUCCCUAAGCAAGCCCUUUCUGCGAAAGCAGAUGGAGCUGGAAAUGCGGGAUGUUUGCGCUGGGACUAGGUUUCGGGCGCAUGUGGUCCAGCAAAAUCUGGACAUGUACCGGGAAUUAUUCAUUCACACUCAAAUGAGAAUGAAUAUGCUCAAAUCUGCAUUUCGGAGAUAUAUCGUUGAAGAGGCCAAUGUGUGA